UCCAGCCCUGCUCCCUCAGUCCCUGCAGCCUCCUCGCCUCAGCAGGACUCCCUCCGCCUUUCCUGGGGCUCAGCAGGGAGAGAAGGCAGAGAGAGGAGCAGCAGCAGCAGCAGCAGCAGCAGGAGAAGGAGAGAAGGGAGAAGAAGAUGCUGUUUUGGCACACGCAGCCCGAGCAUUACAACCAGCACUCCACAGGCAGCUACCUCCGUGAUGUCCUCGCACUGCCGAUCUUUAAACAAGAAGAGCCUCAGCUCUCCCCUGAGAAUGAUACAAAGCUCCCUCCAUUUCAAUAUGUGCUUUGUGCGGCUACAUCGCCUGCUGUGAAACUUCAUGAAGAGACCCUGACCUAUCUCAACCAAGGUCAGUCUUAUGAAAUCCGUCUACUUGAGAAUAGGAAAUUGGGAGAGUUUCAAGAUUUAAACACAAAAUAUGUAAAGAGCAUAAUUCGUGUGGUUUUCCAUGACCGUCGUUUGCAGUAUACAGAACACCAGCAGCUGGAAGGAUGGCGAUGGAGUCGGCCUGGAGAUCGCAUCCUUGACAUAGAUAUCCCACUGUCUGUUGGUAUCUUAGACCCCAGAGCCAGCCCAACGCAGCUGAAUACAGUUGAAUUUUUGUGGGAUCCAUCUAAGAGAGCAUCUGCAUUCAUUCAGGUACACUGCAUCAGCACAGAAUUUACUCCAAGAAAACAUGGUGGAGAAAAAGGGGUACCUUUCCGGAUACAAAUGGACACAUUCAAACAGAAUGAGAAUGGGGAAUAUACAGAACACCUGCAUUCUGCAAGCUGCCAGAUCAAAGUGUUUAAACCUAAAGGAGCAGAUAGGAAACAGAAAACAGACAGAGAAAAAAUGGAGAAGAAAACCACUCAGGAAAGGGAGAAAUAUCAGCCUUCCUAUGACACCACCAUUCUCACAGAGUGUUCCCCGUGGCCAGAUGUGCCUUAUCAAGUGAACAACGCUCCGUCUCCGAGUUACAACAGCUCUCCAAACAGUUUCAGCCUUGGAGAUGGCAACAGUUCUCCAACUGAUCAGGUGGAGCUCCUGCCUCCCAGCAAUGACCAUCUCCUUCCUUCUGCUUCUAUUCAAGAUGCUCAGCAGUGGCUUCAUCGAAAUAGGUUUUCUCAGUUCUGUAGACUCUUUUCAAGUUUCUCAGGUGCUGACUUACUGAAGAUGUCCAAAGAAGACUUUGUUCAGAUCUGUGGUCCAGCUGAUGGCAUUCGACUUUUUAAUGCCAUUAAAGGAAGGAAUGUAAGGCCUAAGAUGACCAUUUAUGUCUGUCAAGAACCUGAGCAAAAUCGAUCUCAUCUUCACCAAAAACGAGAGAAUGGGGAUGGCAAUCUGUGUAUAUACCAUGCUAUCUUCUUAGAAGAACUGACAACACUGGAAUUAAUGGAGAAAAUUGCAAACUUGUACAGUAUUUCCCCACAACAGAUAAACAGGAUCUACCGACAGGGACCUACAGGGAUCCAUGUAUUAGUGAGCAACGAGAUGGUUCAAAACUUUCAAGAUGAAUCUUGUUUUGUCAUCUCUACAUUAAAAGCUGAAAGUAAUGAUGGCUACCAUGUCAUUCUGAAAUGACCCAUCUUUCUGUGUCAUGGGACUAUGAACAGCUUUAGACUGUGAUGCCUCACCUACAUCUCUGCAACUCAGACUGGGAAGAUGGGAAACUCAUUUGAAUAAAAUGCUCCUUUUAACUGAAUGCCCUAACCAGAAAUUGUAAAGUGUGUGGAUUUCAGAAUGCUGAAGACUAGAAAAUGUUUUUGGUCUCCUUACUCCUCCCCUUCCCCUCCCUCCACCUGCUUGCCCACUUCUAAUAUUCCAUCUUUUUCUCCUUCCUUUUAGGACUUAUUGACUAUAGGACACUUUCGUUCAUUGUUCAAAAUAUCAUGAAAAAAGAGAUAAAUAUUCCUUGUUUGUUCAUUAAAAUUAAAUUUUCCCCACCUAGGUUUAGGACUUCAGAGUAAAAACAGGGCAUGAUGAACUCAAGCUUGGUCCUCAACUGAGAUGUGCUUCUAAUCAUAGCUCUUGCUUUGCUCCAAAAACUCAGCAGUUCCCAUUUGGUUCUAUUAGCAAAAUAAAGAGCUGGCUUUAGUGGCAGAAGGUGGACAAUUGUUUCCCCUCCCCCCCCCC